AUGUCUGCUGCCAAUCGUGAGCUGAAUAAACGUUUGGAACGUCAAAAAUCAGGCAAACAGCAAGAAGAAAAACCAGCCAAUCAGUUUGUUGGAUCUUCAAAAAUUGAGAAACAACACCACCAUUCAAACGUACAACAUGAAGAUUCAGCAAGACGUGAAGACGAGUUUGUGAAAAGUAGCCGACCUUCAACAUCAUCUCAGCCUCACUCCCGAGCCAAUCAGCAUCCAGACCAGAUUAGUGCGGAAGAAAAAGAAAAACUAGAAAGUUGGAUUGGAGAACGGUGGACAGGCCGUUCCGAUUGGUUUAACGUGCGAAAAGGCUUUGGAUUUGUGACCUCGACGAUGGAAGGAGAACGUGGUGGGAGAAAAGUGUUCAUUCAUUACAAAAACAUAAGUGAGCAACAAUUUAAAAGCAUUAAAGACAACGAAGAUGUUGAGUUCACAGUUCAGUACAACGAAAAAGGAUUGUGUGCAACUAAUUUGACUGGAAUAGGUGGCAGUGCUCUUCAAGGACAUGUUGUUCGGCCAAUUAUUAGCAAAAAUAAGAAGAAUCUUAUAAAGUGGGUUUUGUGGUUUAUGUAA